AUGAAGACAUCAUCUAUCCUUGCUGCAUGCGCAUCUGGCCUCGCCGUUCAGGCAUUCAGUGUCCCAAGAAUCGCCCAGAAUGCUGCCCAGCAAGUGCAAGGCUUCAUGUCGCCUGAGCAGUAUCUAAUCGAGCUGAGUCCUGGAGAGACCAAAUGGGUGACGGAUGCGGAGAAAUGGGCUCUGAGAAGAGAAGGCAUCUCGUUCUUCGACAUCACCGACACACCCGAUCUGGGCUCCAUUCCCAAGUCCAACGCCGCCGUCAAGUUCCCAGCCCAUACCGAGUACAACUCGACUGUCAAGUCUCUCGCCGGCAAUCUGACCAAGUCAAACAUGCACGACCAUCUCGAGAUCUUUACCGCCUUCCACACACGCUACUACAAGAGUGAAUACGGUGCAAAGUCAUCGUUCUGGCUUCUGGGUCAGGUCAACGACACUCUAGCACAUGCUGGAGCUCUCAAGCAUGGUGCAAACGUCAAGCACUUUGAGCAUGCCUGGGGACAGAACUCUAUCAUCGCCACGCUCCCCGGCAAGACCAACAAGACAGUCGUGAUUGGUGCCCACCAGGACAGCAUCAACCUGUUCUUCCCUUCACUUCUUGCCGCACCCGGCGCUGAUGACGAUGGUAGCGGUACCGUGACUAUCCUUGAGGCGCUCCGUGUCUUGCUCCUCAACCAGGACAUCGUUCAGGGCAAGCAAGAGAACACCGUCGAGUUCCACUGGUACAGCGCAGAAGAGGGCGGUCUUCUCGGAUCGCAAGCCAUUUUCCAGACCUACGAGAAGGCUGGCCGUGAUGUCAAGGCCAUGCUCCAGCAAGACAUGACUGGCUACAUUCAAAAGACUCUUGAUGCUGGCGAGCCCGAGAGUGUUGGCGUCAUUACCGAUUUUGUCGACCCUGGCCUCACUGAGUUCAUUAAGAAGGUCGUCACCACCUACUGCGACAUUCCUUAUGUCCUUACCAAGUGUGGUUAUGCAUGCUCUGAUCAUGCCAGUGCCAGCAAGGCCGGUUACCCUAGUGCAUUCGUCAUUGAGAGUGACUUCAAAUACAGCGACAACAAGAUCCACACGACCGAGGACAAGAUCGAAUACUUGAACUUUGAUCACAUGCUGCAGCAUGCAAAGUUGACCCUGGGUCUUGCCUUUGAGCUUGCCUUUGCUCGCUUCUGA